AUCUCUCGUGCUGUGAACCGGUUCGUCUGUCUCAUCUGUGAUGGGGGCAGCGGCGGAGCUUGGGAGCUUCGUCAACGCAUUUGUGGAAAGCUUUGGCCCCGCAGGCGCCGCACGGGCUGCGGUUGGCUCUCAUUUCGUUCUCACGCCAGCCGGAGCGAUGGACUACAACUCGGUGACCGGACUGAUGAUUGGGGGACAUGCGCAGCAGCAGGAGGACCUGGUGUCAGCAGAACGGCUGUCCCGCAGCCUGGCGGACCUCAGCCAUCUGAAGGGGAUUCUGAGGCGGCGGCAGCUCUACUGCAGGACCGGCUUCCACCUGGAGAUCCGUCCCGACGGCACCGUGCAGGGCACGAGGAAGGACCACAGCAGAUUCGGUAUUUUGGAGUUCAUCAGUCUAGCUGUGGGAAUGGUUAGCAUCAAAGGGGUGGACAGUAGCCUCUACCUCGCCAUGAACAGCAAAGGAGAACUGUAUGGAUCGGAGAAGCUGUCUGCAGAAUCUGUUUUUAAGGAGCAAUUUGAAGAAAACUGGUACAACACCUACUCAUCCAACAUCUACCGGCAUGGAGAAAAGGGUGCAUUUUACUUUGUGGCGUUGAACAAAGAUGGGACGUCUCGGGAUGGAACGAGGUCGAGGCGACAUCAGAGGUUCACACACUUCCUACCAAGGCCCGUCGACCCGGAUAGAGUCCCGGAGCUAUACAGGGACAUACUGGGCCAGAGCUGAGACUGAUGGGGCGUUACCAUGACUGUCAGAGCCAGUCUGAGCUGAAAAGCAACCCAAGUGCACCUACUCCUAAACCCCUUCUUGAGGAAGAUGGAAGAUGCUGUUGAUUUGGGGAUCAUAAAAAGUGUGCCAAAUCAACACUCCCUAUCAAUGGCAUGGAGGAAGGAAAGAGACCCUCUAUGAACCACACUAGCCGGGGAGUUUGAUUUAACAGCGCCAGGGAUCUUCUGUGGAAGAUGUGAAGGUCCCUUGACAGACACAGACAUCCGGGCCCUUAAUAUCGCCCCUUUAUUGGCUAUGCAGAGGAAAAACAGAUGACUGGAUUUGUUUAAGUUUCCCUGCAAGUCCAAAAAUGCAUGUUCAAGAGGACAAAAGUGUGGGAAUUAAUAAGUGAGAUUAACAAGUGGCUGCUAGUACAUUGCUGUGGCUGAUAAGUUUUUGUCAAUUCCACUGUUUUCAGUUAAUUUUUAUUAAAAACACCACUGUAGCUGCUAAGUAAAUGAUUUAUAAAAAAAUGCUUAAUCCACUGGCUGGUUUACACUAAAAGGUAGUUUCAUGCACUGGAAAUCAGCCACGUCUGUUGUGGGAAACGAAUCUGAGAGCUGGGGGACGGCUCGGAAGGAUUCUCCUUUAAAACUGCUCCAAAGAGAGAUGCUUUUCAGAACAUAUGACUUUUCUACAAAGCGUGUGAGGAACAAGCAAACAAAAAAGUGGAUCUAAUGGAGUUUUAUAAGGACUUCUUCGGUGGUGUCCUGUGGCGGAAUACUGCGUGUUCUGUUGGAACUCUAGAGGUGCAUUCAAGAGCCCAGUGAAGGAUUUCGGUUGUUCUUCCACUGUCAAACGAGCACCGGACACCUUUACAAACCUGUUGACGGAUUAUAUUCUUAUAUAUAAGUUUGUGUUUCCUAGGACAUACAUAUAUUUAUUUCAUAUAUUUAUUUAUUUUUGAGAAUAUAUUUUUACAGGUAUGAGAUCAAAUAAAAAAAGAUAUCCAGAACUAUC